AUGGUUGUCAUCCGAUAUAUCAUCAAGGCCAUCUUUGUCCGGAUUAUGCUGACGUCACACAGCUUGUUGUCAGUGUGGCGGGUGGUCGACGUGACGAAGUUCCGUUACUACUGGUUACUGCUGGCCUCCAACAUACUUGUGUUGCUGGAGACGUAUUUCAGACUCAAGAAGAAGAAGGGACAGGAGGGAAAAUGGAUCUGCCCCUGUUUCUUCUUCUACCUACUGAGCACGGUCCCGGCCAUCUGGAUCCUGGAGCUGGAUCGCCUGGCGCGGUACACGGAGAUCUACGAGAGCAGCAACAGCUCCAGCGUGGAGUCACUGUCCGCUAUACAGGGGGUCUCAUUACCCAUUACACUGAGUCCAAGCCUGUGGAUGUCAGUCAUUGAACAAUCCUUUCUAUUCCUCAUCAUCAUUGGCCGAUGGAUACUUCCGCGAGGGGAGCUAACUCGUGACAAGCUUUCACAGCUGCUUUUCGUCUACAUCGGCAUGGCAUCUGACAUCAUGGAUCUGUUUGUCCUGUUUGAGGAGCCCGAUGUUCGCAAGGACCGCGUCUACACCUACGUCAUCCUGGUCCUCUGGUCAAUAAGUCUGCUUCAGUUCGCAAUCGUCCUCACAGCCACAAAAAGUCCCAAAAAAUCUCGCCCGGCUUUAGUGCACCCUGAAGAGGAGUUCGAAGAAGAGAAAAGGAAAGUAUGCGGUUCGUGCUGCGGGUGCUUGAAAACCGAGAUCUGGAGUCUCCUUCUGUCAUUCAUGAUGCAGGAUGGACCUUUCCUCACAUGUCGACUUUACGGCCUCAUCCGCUACAACCUCAUCACCUACAGCAUCAUCUUCUACACCUGCAAGAACAUCUUCGUCGUCCUGCUCCUUGUGUACAGGUUGUUCGUGCUCUGUUGUUUCGAAAACGAAUCUGAAACCGACAAGGCUGCUCACAGGGCUGUGAAGAAGGCGGCUGUUGUCCGAAGUAUGUCAACACGUGCUGCCAAUGCGCGGCUCGCAUUGGUCGAGGAAGACUACGCCAACGGCGGCAGCAGACGACAGGGUGCCAGGCGGAGUAAAGGUCGCAGCGUGAAUGGUGCAACAACUAAACAAGGCCAAACACGCAUCGUUGAAGUCGAAUGA